AUGCCUCCUCUCGCAACAACGCAAACGAUUCGAGAUCAUCCUUAUCAUAAAACUACUUCAAAUGAUGAACGGUCGACGUGUAACAACCACAAUAGUAACAGUAGUUCUGGCCCUCACAACAGCAGCAACAAUAGCAAUAUCACCUCUCCAGUUACUGUCAUCGAAGCUAAUUUAGAUACAAGUGGUGAAAGAGAGAAGAUUGUUGUGACAUUAAACGAUGGGGUUAAAAUAGAAUUCUAUGUUCCAACUUCAAAAGAAAUCAGAGAUCGAUUUUUUUAUCGAAAAGCCAAAUCGUCGGACAAACCAGCUCGCCCUCCAAAUAAAUUCUUUAUAUUCCGUACAAUGUUCCAAGGAUCAUUGGAUACAUUUAAACUUCAAGUUCCAAUCGUUUCUGAGCUUGCAAGUCAAGUCUGGAGAAAAUCAAGCAAAGAAGUCAAAGAAGCAUUUUCAAAAUUAGCGGAGAUUGCGAAAAAUGAGCAUAGUGAAAUCAAUCCCGGAUACGUGUACAAGCCAUACCGAAAAGUCUCUUUGACUAAAUCAGAUCUAUCGUCGCCCUCUGGUGAAGAAGAAUCGAGUGAGACUUCGAGUUCUCCGCCUUCUCCAACAACACCUUCGUCUUCGUGGUCGAGCACGUAUUUACCGAUAACUUAUCCUGGAGAUUAUAUGCCAGGCUGCUUUUCCAAUCAAGUAGAGAGCUAUGAAUCUCCGACAACAAUGUAUAACUCUGAUCAAAGUGAUGCGAUGUUUCAGACUCCAUCUACGUCACUUGAUUUUCAUCCGAGGUUUAAUUCCGACUAUCAAAAUUACAUUCCGAUGAGCUCCGAUGCAUGCUACACCACUUGUCCGACAUUAGCACCAUUUUUAUCCUAUACGCCAGUGCUAUGCCCAUUAGAUCAAUCGACGACAAUAGAACAACAUCCAAUUCUCGAAACAAAACUAAUAGAUUCAUAUUCAGACAAUAUUCGCACGACAAGUCAACCACAAAUUGAGCAUUUACAAGAAGUAAAAAUAGAAUCACAUUAUCGAACUAAAAUCUCCAGGAAAACCACAAGGCGUUACACCCAAAAACAACAAGACGAAAAAAUAUUACACCAAUGUACAUUCUCUGGAAAUAUUGAUUGUCAGUCGACACCCUCUACACCAACUUUUAGUUCGCUUGAAUCAGCCCUAAAUUGUCAAGCGAAUACAUACACACUUUGGGAUAGCCUAUUCCCGGAUCUUUUAUUGAAUUAA